UUUGUCUCUUAUCAAGCUCCUGGGUAGAUCUCAAAGCUUCCUUGUAAUGAAGAUCGAGAUAAGACAAAGGACUCAAUCAUAGACAGGACAAUGAGUGUGUUUGCCUUCUAAAAAGGCGUCUCAGGAUACUGCUUAGUGACCUGCUGAGUAUAUUUGCACCAUGACUGAGAAGCAAUCAGAAUAAGGAUAAGUGGAGCAAAUAGACUGUUCAGAUCUAAGCUUUUUUUUUUUUAAAUUCACGUAUUAAUCGAGGAAGAGUUGAGGUGAGCACCAGCAGGAAAUAAAGUGGGGAUGGACCCGGAUGUGGGUUAGAUGCGUGGUUUAUGUGCAGCCAGGAAGUGGAACUAUGCCUCUGUGACGCCUGCACAGAAAGUCAUUGCAACGCACAUCCGUUGUGCACAUCUUACAGAGGAGGAGGAAAAAAGAAACGGUGCUGGGUUAUGGCCAUUAACUGAAGUUAAUAAUACGUUAUUGAAAAGUAAUCACCACAAAAUAUUUAUGUAGCCUACAGAUGGAGACACAACUUCAGGUCAUCAUAUAGAUCCAGUUGCCUGAGAAGCCAUGGAGAGCGAUCUCAUGCUUUCUGCACAGCCUGCCUUUCCAGAACCGGCAGAAGAACCGUAUUUGGAAGCCAAGCUGUACAUCGAGAGGGUGGAGCGAGAGAACAACCGAUGCAAGGAAGAAAACCACAUAGGCCGAACCCAGAACCCGUUGGCCACAGACGCCUCUGAACCCUUAGAACAUGGGGUUUCAAUUACAAUGUACCCUGUUAGGGUUCCCAGCAUGCAUUUCAGCUGUGCUACAGUACAGUGGGAUAUGCCCCAAACUCCUGCAGAUGUUUCAUCCCAAGAGUCAGGCUCAAGUGAGAUUAACUCGGGUUAUGGAUUGAGUAUGGACUGGGUAGUUAAUCCUACAUCCUUAGACAUGCCUUUGUUGAACCAGGAGGAAAUUAUUGAUCUGGUACCGGAUAAAGAGCUCGGACAGACGGAUGAUGUCAUGCAGUACGGGGAAGUUAUAAGUAUAGAAGUCGACUCUUGCCAGGUAUACGACGCGAAUGUUUGCGUGAUUCCAUCAGACGAAGACGACCAGACACCAUUCACAGAGACCUCACAGAUAUCAGAAGCGAGUGAUGAUGGUGGAUUAAUAGAUGAUGAGAAGAACAGUGAUGAGAUCGAAAGCCCUCUUUGUACUGAGUUCCCAGAGAUCCAGCCGGAUCCUGAAGGUUUAGAAGCUCUUGAGGAGGAAUCGGUAAAAACAGGGGACAUUGUGCUUUUAACUGAGCCAGAACUUGAAGAUGCAGAGAAAACAAAAGAGGAUGAUGAGGUCAGUUCUGAGGAUGGUAUCCGUGUAAUCAUAACAACACCUUGUGAGGAGGGCUGCAGUACUACAUUAGAGUCAGAAACAAAUGAUCCAGUCCUCGAAGUGGAUUCAAAACCAAGUGAGGAAGCCGGUUUUAUCCAAGAGUCAGAUCCAUCACAAGCAGGAGAACCACCUGAUUUGGUCUGUGAUGCUGUAGAGGCUGAAGGGUCUGAAACUGUGGAGUCGACUAUAAUUGUUAUCGAUGAGACACUGGAGUUAGAAAAUGCAGAAACAUUUAUGGAGCUGCACAUCUCUGUGUGUGUCAAGCAAGAGGAAGCAACUUGUGAAGACCAGAUCGAAAGUGCAGUGGAAGUGGAACCUCAUGAACACAAAGAACAAUUAAUACAACAGUCAGAUGAGUUGGGUGACUCGGAAGAGUCAAGACAAGAACUUUUACUUGGUGAAGAACCUUCAGAGGGACCAAAACAAGAACUUUUACUUGGUGAAGAACCUUCAGAAGGAACGAAGCAAUCAAGCUGUAACGAAACAGAAACUUCAGACCAGGAAAGUGAGACAAAAAGUACAGUUGCUUUACAAACAAUAAGUCACAAUGAGACAGAAAUCCUGGGCCAGUCUGAAAGGUCAACUGAAACAGAAACAUCACAGCUCUCAGAAUCAAAGGACAGUAGAGAAAGCAGUCAACCAGAUGAACUCCAACAGAUCGAGCAGGAAAACCACACCCACUCUGAACAACAACAGAUCCAUGACAAUGACCGUGUAUCUAAACUAACUGAAGAGGUAUCAUCUGAGCACGGGCAUGGGACCGAGGAACAACAGGAGAAAUCUGCAGAACCUGAGAUUCCAUACAAGGACGGAGAUGGAGACAACGUGGACAGAGAGGAAGCCUGUAAACUUGCAGAGAGACUUUACAGGCUUGACAAUGUCCAGCGUACAGAUGUGGUCCGACAUCUGGACAAAGACAACGAAUUCAGUCGUGCUGUUGGGGAGGAGUACCUUAAGUUCUUCGACUUCACUGACCAAAGCUUGGAUGAAGCUCUUCGGUCUUUUCUGAAGGAAGUGGUUCUGAUCGGUGAGACUCAGGAGAGGGAGCGAGUGCUGGAUCAUUUCUCCAGACGUUACCAGCAGUGCAACCCUGAGACAUUGUCCUCAGCUGGAGCCGUGCUCACGCUCACAUGUGCUGUCAUGUUGCUCAACACAGACCUGCAUGGACAGAAUGUUGGGAAGGCCAUGUCCCUACCUGUCUUUGUGUCUAACCUGGAUGGGAUGAACGAAGGAGAGAAUUUCAACAAAGACUUACUGAAGUCUCUUUAUAACUCAAUCAAGAAUCACCAGCUUGAAUGGGCGGUAGAAGAGAAGGAAUUGCUGACCUCUAUAACCCUGGACCAGGACGCGGAUCAGGAUUCGCCUCUUCGUUCGAAGAGUAACCCUUUCCAGGAUCUCGCUCAUGACAAGAAGGCCACCGUGUUCCAGAAAGGCUUCCUGAAGAGGAAAGCGCAUGCGGACAUAGACGGCAAGCGCACUCCCUGGGGAAAGAGGAGUUGGAAGACGUUUUAUGCGGUGCUUAAAGGAAUGGUGCUCUAUUUACAAAAGGAUGAAUACAGGAAGGACUGGCAAAGCUCUGAGGAGGUGCUCAGUGUCCAUCACGCUCUGGCAGAGCGAGCACAGGACUAUACCAAGCGGCCUCACGUCUUCCGCCUUCAGACGGCAGAUUGGAGGGUUUUCCUGUUUGAAGCACAAUCCACAGAGCAAAUGAACUCCUGGAUCGGACGAAUCAACCUGGUGUCCGCUCUGUACUCGUCCCCUCCGUUUCCUGCCGCUGUCGGCUCUCAGAGGAAGUUCUGCAGACCCAUUCUCCCUGCAACACAGUCUACACUCACAAUGGACAAGCAGCUGCAGUCACAUGCCGCCAUGCUGCAGUCAUUUCAGGAGGACCUGACCGCAUUACAGCAGGGGGCACAAGAGAGCCGCAGGGCAAAAGCCCGAGAAGUGGAGGAGCACAGACAGAAGGAGGAGUAUCUGCAGCAUGAGCGAUCCCGCUACGAGGCUUACGUGCACAUUCUGGAUCUCUGGCAGACGCUCGGAAAGUCCUCCGAGACGGCGAGCGGGACGGACCUCGCCCUUUUCGACCAGGAGAUGUGGAAAGGAACAGAAACCGAAGAAAAGCAGGACAGCGACCUAGACGGAGGGAUGAAGAGAUCUCAUUCCAGUCCGUCUAUCGAACUGGAAGUGGCUACUCCGCCCGUGGUGAAAGUGAGGCGUAACAUCUCGGAGAGACGGACCUACCGCAAGAUAGUCAUUCCUCGACGCAACAGGGAGGUGUGAGACUGAAAACCACAGACGGUUACAGACUCCUCCUUGUAAAGCGGACUGCAUUUUCACGCCAAUUCUUCAUCAAUUUCGGUAUUUGAAGAGAGUCGCAUUGCAGAUGCAAAUUUUUUACACAUGACCAAGAGUUUCAAGCUGAGACACCAGCACUUUUGACCAUUUACAUGAAGAUGGAACAUCCGCUAACAGAUGAACACUUCUUCAUCCACAUGGGUAUGAAAAAUAUAGUGACCUUUUCAUAUAAUAAACAAUUUUCACAAUAGAGCAGUGUUAUAAUACAGUAGUAUAACAUCCCAGUUAUUUUCUCAGCAAUCAUCCUACACUUAGAAAACAGGAUUCUAUCUUUUAAGCUUUUUUAUUUCUUCUAAAAAUUGUAAACCGAUUUCUUCAGCGGUAAAUUUGAGGUAUUUUUUUUUAGAACUGAACCAAAACAAUGUUCAUAAUAUGAAGCUGAACAGAAUUUUCCUUCUAAUAUGCGUCGUUGUUAUCGCUGCUUUCAGUAGUUGAUCAGUGUUGUUGUUUUUAUUAUUGAUUUCAUAUUAAAUAUUUCAGGCUAAAUUGGUUUAACUGUACUCACUUUUCAAAAAAAUAAAAAUAAAAACAGGUCCUUGGUGGUGGACGUUUUGGACCGGAAGUUUAUUCACCCAAGUCCGGUUUACAACUUUGGAGUCAAAUGAAAACUUUAAUUCACAAAACAGCUUUGUUUAUUGCAAACAGGAGCCACAAAAGUGUAUUUCUUUCCCCUCAAAUAAUGUCUAGUUCAUUCAAUACAUGUACAAAAAAAAAAAGAAUCAAUAUUUAAAUGAUUCAGUGAUUCAUUCAUUUGACUCACCCUUGUAUUUUCAUAUAUACUGUAUACUAUUAGAAUAAAUGGUUCUUUUAGGGUUUUAGGGAUAGCUAAAGGAACCUUCCUAGAACCCUCUCUGAAGGGGAAACACUUUGUAACCCCUUUAAUCAAAACCUUUAAGAGUUCCCUCAGAGAGACGCCAUUUUCCCCUGAAGGUCUAUAAUGUAGUUACAUAUUGUGUCCACAAGAGGGAGCCUGUUGCUUGUUUGUCUACAGUAAGCGCACUAUAGACUACAGCCCAAGUAUCUAAAAGGGCUGAAUUCAGAUCACAGCGUUUCACAUCUCCUCCUGAUUUAUUUACCAAAAUCUAAACUUAAGUUUAUUACAAUCCAUAUAUAAAAAAAAAGACUGAAUGUUUAUUUGUAUAACUGAAGAAUUUUUGUUCAAUGUCAUGUUUUGCACAUUAUUAAAAAGAAAUGUCAUUCCAACUCUUUUGAUAUAAAUAAAUUAAAUUAAGAUAUUUUACA